AUGGCCUCCCGCACCGACGCCCGCUUCAGCACCUACUCCGGCGCCCCUUCCCUCCAACCCUCCCUCGCACCCACCUACGACUCCGCCCCCAGCGCCCACUACAGCCAAACCACCUCCACCUACCUCUCUCCCAACAACGCUUUAUCAGAAAAACGCCCCUACGACAACCCCGACCCUGCCGCCGCCACUUCCACCUCCACCCUCAACUCCAACGCCGACCCCAAAGCCGCGGACAUAAAGUCCUGGUCCGGCGCUCUGGAACGCAUGCAGGACGAGCGCCUCGACAAGCAGCGCUACACGAUGAGCAGCAACAAGAGCGACGAGGUGAGCAAGCUGGCGCUCGGGGCGAAAGUGGAGCGCGCGCUGGCGAGGCGGAUGGUGGGGCAGGAUGCGGUGUUUUCGCCGGGGAGGGGGAAGAAGGGGGGGUUUGAGGGGGAGAAGGCACGGAAGCCGGUCGAGGCGAAUUAG